AUGCAACCACGACCAACUAAUGUCGCCAUGAUGUUUGUCGAAGAAAUUUCUCCUCAUGGCCACGAUUUUGGAACUCGCACUCCUGGCGGUAAUUCAUCCUUGCAAACUGCCAUUCCACUAGACCCUGCGCCGGUCUCUGCACCGCUCUUGAAGCGACCACGACUCUGUCCCACGACUCUGUCCCACGACUCUGUCACCUGCCUCCUCUUCAAAUGA